GGACGGAACACGCGAAUCGACCAAAAAAAACUCCUCUCUCCACAAUACCCGCUUGCCCGCCCGACCGACCGUCUGUAGGUCGUUCAGUCGCCUGUGAUGAGCCCUCAAGGAAUCACCCGCAAACGACCAGCUCCUGGCACAUCCCCCAUCGUGCACCCGCAACUUGGCCCGCUCACGAAUUAUCCUCAAAACCCCGGCAACCAGCUGUCGAACGACCAGUUCCUACAAUGGGGCCAGAAUCCGUCCUCCAACGUCUCCAGCCCGUCCUACCCUGAUGCGAGUUCUUACAACCCGGCGGCCUACACCUCGAACUCAGAUGUUCCGGCCUCCACAGUGACAGCUUCAGGCCAGCUUGCUCGGCGCCAGACCCCCACUCAAUUGGUCAACCGCAGUCGCGGGUAUGACCAGACGUCGGCCUCUUUCUCAGACCCUGGCAGUGGGUCUGGCGAGUCCGGUGGAUGGGGGGAGAGCCUCAGUGAAUUGUACGAGCGCGCGAUGGUCGCGAAGAGAGAAGUUCAGGCCAAGCGAAAACAGAUCCCUCCUUUCGUUCAGAAACUGAGCAGUUUUCUGGAUGAGUCCAAAAACACCGAUCUAAUUCGGUGGUCGGAUGACGGCAAUUCUUUCAUCGUGAUGGACGAAGAUGAAUUCGCGAAGACUUUGAUUCCGGAGCUAUUCAAGCACAACAACUACGCUUCUUUUGUUCGCCAGUUGAAUAUGUACGGCUUCCACAAGAAGGUGGGACUCUCUGACAAUUCCAUGCGCGCCAGCGAACGGAAGAAUAAGAGCCCCAGCGAAUAUGCGAAUCCAUACUUCAAGCGCGGUCACCCGGACUUGUUGUGGUUGAUACAGAAACCUAAAAACGCAGCUGGGCAGGGCAGCAAGGCGGGUAAGGGCAAUGUGCGGGUGAAGACGGAAGAGAUCGAGGAAAAUGAUAAUGACGAGUACGUUGACGAUGCCUUGGGACCUGCACGAGAUGAUCGAUCGCGCAACCGCCAGCUGUCUUUGAUUACGGGGAGCCUCAUGCCGAAGGAUCAACUCGCGGGCGUGUAUAGAGAGUUGCAAGCGAUUCGCCAACAACAGCAAAUCAUCUCCAACACCAUCACCAAACUACGGAGGGAACACGAGCAAUUGUAUGCGCAGGCAGCCAACUUUCAAGAGCAGCACACCAGGCACGAGAACUCCAUCAACGCGAUUCUUACGUUCUUGGCGACAGUCUACAAUCGCAGUCUGCAGGGACAAGAAGGGCCGCAAAACCUAGCGAAUUCGUUUGCUGGGGCCAUCUCACAGGAGCAAGGCAAUAUCGUUGACAUGGACGAUUACUCGCUCGGGUCGCUAGGGCCUACCGACCUGACCAGCCCAACAGGACCGCGGUCGCUGAAGAAACAGCAGCUCCUGCUCAAGGCUCCUCCGGGGCAAGACCGUCAGGGCCGUGCAACGACCUUGUCACCAGCUUCCACUACCUAUGACCGCUCACACUCGCGCGGUCAUGGUCGGCAAGCCAGCGUAUCUCAUCCGGGACAUGUCGAGGAGGUAUACGACAACAGUCCUCGGCAAAAGGAGGCGCAACCGCCUCCAGGAUCUCAUGUACCCCAGCGGGACAUCAUGUCAGUCAUUCAGAAUUCCAACGCCCGAAACGGUAUGCCAACGAGUUUCGCCGACUUCCCGAAUGUCCUGUCAUCGCUCGAGACUUCGGGCGGUAACUCGCCACUUACUCCCAGCCAACGCGCCGAUAUGCUUCGCCUCAUGGCCCAUGAAACAGGCACCGGUGGAGUCAAUGGUGCGUCGUCUCCAAAUAACGCCUUGGUCACACCGACGCCUCCGCCAAUGCCGCACAACUACUCCGGUCGGCUGGCCAACACACGGGCGGAGAUCGACAACCUGGUCAAGAUGCAGGCCGAGCAAGAUCGCUCUGUGCAGAACCUGACCAACCUCUUACAACCCCUCAGCCCGACGGGCACCAUACCCGGAAUCAGCAUAGAUGGCAGUGCGCCCCCUCCCCCACUUGACCUUGAUACUAUCUUCAAUAACGACUACUUCACGGAUAUUGGAGAUCUGGAACAUAAUAAAGCUAGCUUAGGUUAUGGCGAUCCGGCCGGGUCGGUGCCAGCCACAACCGCGGCCGACCCGGUGGUUACCGCCGGUCCCGAUGGUGGGAUCAAGGAUGCGAACGAAUUGUUCGACUUCGACAAUCUCCCCGCUGACAAUGAUCUCUUCGGCGGAGCCAACCCCGCACCACACAAUCCGGGAUUCUACCAUGGAUUCGAUGGGAGCGGGUACGGCGCAAAUGACAUUCACGCCGGCAUCGGGGUGGAUGGGCAGCUUCCUAACGGCAAAGACUCUAGCAGAGUUGAGUCUUUGCCCGAUAGCGAUGCCACCAGCCCUGCUAACACUGUGGAUGAUAGCAUACAGUACGGUGGGCUAGACACGGGCAACGAUGCUCUGGGAGGUAAGGGUCUCGGUAGCGGCGUGAAACGGCGCAAGAAGGCUUGAUUUCCGACUUUUAUGAUAUCCUACUAACGGAGUUGGGCACCGACAACGCUCGAUUGCCAAACAAGGACGAGGAGCGAGAUAGACGAGGGCUGCAAGUGCACGUAUACGUGGGGAGUCGCCACAAAAAAUGAGUCGCGAAGUCUAUGAGGAAAAUG